AACUCUGUUUAUGCUGCAAGUCCAAUGGAUUUCACAGAGACUUACGAUGACACUUGUUCGUCUGUUGGUUUUGCGGCAAGAACAGGCGCCAUAAAAACGCUGAAGGCUUUGUUAAAAUCGGGACGUUCAGUAGAUGUGAAAGACAACCGUGGCUGGAGGCCAACACACGAAGCAGCACAUGCUGGGCACACACAGUGUCUUGAGUUGUUACUGAACAGCAAAUUCACAGAUGUAAACUGGAGGAAUUUUGAGGGUUUAACAGCUUUGUUUUUUGCUGUUAAACAGCAACAUGUGGAUUGUGUCAGCCUUUUGCUGAGGCAUGGAGCUGAUCCUAAUUUGUCCUCAGAACUUGAGGGCAACCCACUUGAUAUAGCCGCUGCUGCCAAUGAUGUAAAAAUUGCCAAAAUGUUAGUAGACCAUGGGGCUGAUGUGAAUGCCCAAAACCACUACUUAAAGUACACUGCCCUACACUCAGCAGUCAAUAGUAAAUCUGCAGAUGUUGUGGAGUUUCUUCUCGCCCAAGGUUCUCAGUUGUCAUUAUCUGAUGAGAAUCAAAUGACGGCUUUUGUACAUGCUGCCCUUAAGGGAGACAUUAAAUGUCUAACACUCCUACUUGAGGAAGCUAAAAAGCAAGGAUUGCCACAUUUAGUGGAUGUGGGCGCCUAUGACCAUGCUACGCCUCUGUUUCUGGCAGCACAAGAGGGGUAUGUGGACUGUGUGGAGCUGCUGUUGAAACAUGGUGCUGAUCCCAAUAUACCCACAGUUACAGCAGAUGGUGUCAAAGACGCCCUGCCCAUACAUGCUGCUGUAGAACAAGAGCAUGAAAGAAUAAUAGAUCUGCUGGGGCCAGUAACAAGCAAGGAAGCAGAGAGAGAAUGUUCUGUAAGGCUGAUGGGUCUAGCUCUUGAGUGCAUGUCAUAUGGAUUGCUAAAAAAGCUAGUAAACUUUGACUUUGAUGUCAAUGUGAUGGUGAAUUCUGCAGAAUUUUCUGAAUUUGAACAUUUCGACGAUUAUAUAUGUCCUGGUUUUGAACAUUUGUUCUGGGACAAACUCAGCACGCUUGUGCUACUUUCUACAAAAACACACCACAGCAUAGUUGCAGACAUAGAGGAAAUUGUGGAGCUUUUGAUUUCGCGGGGCGUGCCUAUUGAUGCCCAAGACUGUUUUGAGAGGAGUCCACUGGUACAACUCGUGACAACUUGUGCUGGGGACAACUUAAAAGUGAUGGAGUGUUUAAUGAAACAUCGUGUCAAUCCAAAUAUUACACAUCCAUAUAUUCAGGGCAAUCUCGCAGUGCGUGCAAGCCUGACUAAUAUGGCAGGCCUGGAAUGCUUAUUGAAAUAUGGAGCAGAUAUUCAGUUAAACUGGACGGAAUUCUCACAAAAUCAGCAUCCUUGCCAGCACUUUUGGGCAUUUGUCUGUUUGCGUUUGAGAUACUGUGUUCGAGAAGCUAACUUCUGUUUAAUUAAAAUUCUUUUAAUGUUCAUGGAUAUUUACCCUGUUGAUGGAACUUUUCUGAUGCUAAAAGACAUUGUGGAGGAAAGUGAUUGGAGUACCUUGGUGGCCAUGACGGACACUCCAAAAACACUUCAGCAUCUUUCACGCAUGCAGAUAAGACGACAACUUGGUUAUGGUCGCAUCACAAGUGAACGGGUGGGGCAACUCUUACUCCCAGAACUCUUAAAAGAUUAUAUUCUCCUUGGAGAUGUCAAAUGGGAGUUGUGA